AUGUUCGCUGUCAAGUCUCUCUGCGCCGUUGCGGUGCUCGCUUCUAGCGUGGCUGCCCAAGCCAAGUUCCAGUACGGAACACCCAACCCCAACAUGUCUGGUGUUGUCGGCCGCAACUCCAACGGCCCGACCAACCCCAAGACGCCCCAAGAGAACACGCCUGUGAACCAGACCUCUAUGGCUCGUCUCGUGUCCGUCAACUCCGUCGAUGACUGGUGCAUUUACGGACCUCCUGAGAAUGGACAGACCAUUGCAAACGUCGAGGGUGAAGUUGUCGCUGUAAGUAUCGCUUGGCGCACUAGCAUCACGCCGACAACGGUGUUGCCUCCAGCGCGUUGCCACCCACUCAGCGUCGUGAACUAACCUCGACGAUCGCGACCUGUUCCCUGCACUAGUACUGCACAAAGCCUCGUAACAACGCGCGUGUCAUCCCAGAUGGCACUGUUACCGCUGCUCAUUUCGUCAAGACUCCUCUCUACGUCCAAUUGAUGGCUCUCGGUGACUUCACCAAGUAAGUUUGUUGUCUCUGUCUUCGAUGUGCCGGUGGUGCAAUCCGCUGAUGGCAAUUUGUUUUCGACUCCCAGGAUCGGUUUCGCUCCCGGCGACCAAGGUGGAGAGCUUGACCCUCACGGUGCCACAAACAUGGGUAACCCCGUUGGAGGAAACGUCACUUCCAACGUUUCCGGAAAGGACGUCUUCUACGAGGAGUGGAUGAACUUCGUCUCUGCAGACCAAGCCUGCAUCCGUAUCUGCAUUGCCGGUACCGACGUUGCACCCACUCCACUCGAGUGCCAACACACCCUCGAUGAGAUGGGCUGCAACUGGGUCAUGCCAGGAAACUACGCGGACAACUCCUUCGACACGUGCGACGGUGACGCUGCGUACCCCCCUGGUCUCUUCCCUCAACCAGACGGCUCUACGUCUACCUUCCAGCAGUACUUCUCUUCCGUCUACACUGCUCCCGGCGGUGACGUGCAGACCUUCAUCAACGCUUCUCCAGACCAACAGACCCCUAGCGCUGCCUACUCUCUCCCUUCGACCAGCCAGUGCACUACGACUAGCAGCAUUGCCAAUGGCAUCAAGUCUCUUGUCAGCGGAAGCAGCUCCUCCGGCAUCUCCACUACUCGCACUGGCGCAAAUGGUGCCUCGAACACCGGCACCAACGGAUCCGGCUCUGGCAAUUCAUCUGGCUCUAGCAGCUCUGGCGGCAACUCUGGCGCAGCCUCUCUUGUUCCCGGUGCUGGCGUUGCGGGCAUCCUCACGCUGUCCGCUGCUCUCGUCGCUGGUGCGAUGAUGCUCUGA